AUGAAUGCAGCAAGCUUACUAUUGGGAAGACCAUGGCAAUAUGACAUUCGUGUUGUUCAUAAUUGCUAUAAGAAUACUUAUACCUUUAUUCAUAAAGGUUUUACUAAAUUUUUGUGGCCUUUGCAAUCUUCUACUUCAAUCAAAGAGCCAGCAGACAAAAACACAACUGCAUUAGUUGCUACUAUUGUUCAUUCUUUAAAACAAACUCAUUCUCUGAGUUCUCAUGAAGUUGCUAAACCAAUGGUGGAGAUUUCAAAAAAGGUACAACCGUUACUUUCUUAUUUUGCUGACCUAUUUCCUGCUGAGUUACCAAAUACUUUACCUCAUCUGAGAGAUUUACAGCAUCAGAUAGACUUUAUACCUGGAACAUCUAUUCCUAAUCAAACACAUUAUAGUUUAAGUCCUAAAGAGCAUGAUAUAUUACAAGGUCACGUUGAUGGUUUUUACAAAAAGGUUUGA